AUGGCGGACGCGGUGCCUUCUUCUAUCCUCAUCAUCGGCUCGGGCGUCUUCGGCCUGUCGACCGCCUACUCUCUAGCAAGGAACCCGGCCUACAAAAACACCAAAAUCACACUCGUCGACCGCUUGAGCUUCCCCGCAGGCGACUGUUCCAGCAUCGACACCUCGCGCAUCAUCCGUCCCGACUACGCCGACGCCCCUUACUCCGCCCUUGCCUAUGUCGCGCAAGACCUGUGGCGCACGACCGAAUGGGGCGCCGACGGGCGGUACACAGAAGCCGGGCUGGCGCUGACGGCAGGGCCGAACGGAUGCCCCUACGUCGACGAGUCGCACAAGAACGUCGUCGGGCUGGAGCCGACAGCGACGAGCGAGCGGUGCACGCUGCCCGAGUCGCGGGGCCGCGGACGGGCGAAGAUCGAGGAGCUGCGGAGCGCCGAGGACGUGCGGCGGUGCGCGGGGACGGGCGGCAUCAACGGCGUGCAAGGCUACGUCAACUGGACCUCGGGCUGGGCGGACGCUGAGGCGUGCAUGCGGUUCCUGUACUCCAAGGUGCAGGCGACGCAGCGGGUGCGCUUCGUCCGGGGCACCGUGGCGCGGCUCGACAUCGACUUCAACGGGCCCCAGAAGCGCGUGCGCGGCGCGCACCUGGCCGACGGCGGGCGCACGCUCUCGGCCGACCUCACCGUCGUCGCCGCGGGCGCGUGGUCGUCGGCGCUGCUCGACCUGCGCGGGCUGGUCAAGGCGACGGGCCAGACGCUGGCGUACGUGCCGCUGGCGCCGUCGGAGCAGGCGGCGCUCGGCUCGUCGCCCACGGUGCUCAACCUCAGCACCGGCAUGUUCUGCAUCCCGCCGUCGCGCAACCUCCUCAAGCUCGCCCGCCACGGCCACGGCUACACCAACCCCGUCACCAUCCCCCACCCCGAACAGCCCCCCGCCGCCGCCGAGAACAUCACCGUCUCCCUCCCGCGCACCCACCUCACCACCCCUCCCCUCCCCGCCCACCUCCCGCGCGAAGCCACCCUCGCCCUGCAACAGCUCGCGCACGACCUCUACCCCCCGGGCGCCGCGCCGCACGACCCGUCCUUCUCGCCGCACCCCAUCGCCGCGCGCCCCUUCGCCGCCGCGCGGCUGUGCUACUACGCCGACACGCCCUCGGGCGACUUCCUCAUCUCCUACCACCCGGACUACGCCGCCCGCUCGCUCUUCGUCGCCACCGGCGGCUCCGGCCACGGCUUCAAGUUCCUGCCCGUCAUCGGCGACGAGAUCGUCGGCUGCAUCCGCCGCGGCGACUGCCCCGAGGCGUUCCGCGGCCGCUGGGCCUGGCCCAGGGAGCGCGUGCUGCCCGAGGACGGCUGGGCCGGCGACGGCAGCAGGGGCGGCCCCAAGGGCAUGGUGCUGGAUGACGAGUACGCGAAGGGCGGGGCGAGGCUGUGA